AUGAAUAAAGAAAAGAAGAACACAUGCUCAACAGUGUUGGGCACAAAUGCUGCCAAGCGAGCAAUUGCAAACGAAGAAAUUCCGAAUCAUCAAAACACAAAACAAAUGAAAAUGGACAUGGAGAUGACAGAACCACUUCCACCAGUAAGAUCGCUCAACGAUUCCAGGAGCAGUUACAACCGUCAAGCGGUGAUGGACAUAAUAGCAAGACCAGACAGCACGUACGAUGAAGUGAAGGAGGCAUUAAUUAAGCGCCUGGGCACCUCCAACGAGGAGAAAAUUCAGGCCUUGCUGGAAGGUGAAUUUAUAGGCGAUCGUACACCUUCCCAGUUUCUGCGAGACCUACAGCGGAAAGGUGGUCCACUCGCCGGAGAUGCGAUCAUCAAAACGCAGUGGAUGCGUAAUUUGCCGGAAGCAACACGCCUAGUUGUAUCUGGCGCGCAGAGCGACGAUCUCGCUUACUUAGCAUCGAUGGCGGAUGGCAUACACGCAGCCACGAAGUUAUCAUGUGCGCAGCGCAGCCCAGUCCAGCUUCAAGCCAAGGAGUCAUCGUUGGCUGAAGUGGUUAACUCUUUGGCUGAGAAGGUAAAAGAACUUACACUGCACAUGGACGAAAGAGUGAAGGAACUUUCGUUGCGCAUGGAGGAGAGGAGCGCCAUGGAAGUUCAAGAAGUGCAGCAUCGUCGUGAUCAACAUCGCAAUCGCCAGCGUUACCGCAGCAAGUCGCGAGGCAAGCCGCAACAAUAUAUUUGUUGGCUUCAUGCGCGAUUUGGGCCGGAUGCGAAGAGAUUGGCCGCGAAAGACUGUCGCGCCUCCAAAGCAACCACGCGCCAAUUAUUUCUAAAGGAUAAAAACACUGAGUGCGACGUAUAUUUAAUUGACACUGGUGCGGAUGUGAGCGUGUAUCCGCGAAACAGAGUGCGUGGACACAAUAGUGCGUGCGAGUAUUCGUUGGCCGCUGCCAACGGUACACCUAUAGCUACUUAUGGACACAUGAACAUUAAAAUAGACUUUGGCUUAGGUCGCGAGUUUCUUUGGGCGUUUAUAAUUGCAGAUGUCGAUCGCCCCAUAAUCGGUGCGGAUUUUCUGCAUCAUUUCGGCUUAAUCGUGGACAUAAAAAACGGUGAAUUGAGGGAGGUAGCUUCGGGACUGACCACAUCGCAUGGCGAGUUGGCAGUCUGUAGCACCCCGUCGAUUAAAGCCAUUCAGGGUGCGUCUGUGUUCGGUGAGGUAUUAAGUGCAUACCCGGACAUCACUAAACCGCAAAGUGCAGGUCGUCCACCGAAGCACAAUACCGUCCAUUACAUCGCUACGUCACCAGGUCCACCGGUUGCGCAACAUCCGCGCAGAUUAGCGCCCGAUCGUCUUGCCGCCGCCAAGAAGGAAAUCAUUGCCUUGAUCCAACUUGGGAUGGCCCGACCGUCCCAGAGUCCUUGGGCAUCACCGAUUCAUUUAGUGCCGAAGCAAACGGGAGAAUGGAGACCAUGCGGAGAUUACAGAGCAUUGAAUGCUAGGACCUUGCCGGAUCGGUAUCCGGUACGUCACAUUCAAGAUUUUGCUCAUGCGUUGCACGGGAAGACUAUCUUUUCGACGAUAGACCUCGUGCGCGCUUUUCACCAAAUUCCGCUGGCUCCCGAGGACAUCCCGAAAACUGCAAUAAUCACCCCGUUUGGACUCUUCGAGUUCACCGUCAUGACGUUCGGACUGCGUAAUGCCUCGCAGACGUUUCAACGUUUCAUCGACGAGGUUCUCCAAGGGUUGGAUUUUGCAUUCGCAUAUAUAGAUGACAUUUUGGUAGCAUCGUCCAGUGAGGAGGAACAUGCAACUCAUCUCCAUCAGCUGUUCCAGCGUCUGAGCGACUACGGCGUGGUAAUUAAUGCUGCGAAGUGUGUGUUUGGCCAGGAUAGCGUAAAAUUCCUUGGAUAUCUGGUGUCCAGUCAAGGCACCAGCCCGCUCCCAACAAAGGUAGAAGCGAUUAUGGAUUUUACGCAACCUGAGACCGCUAAACAACUUCGGCGUUUCUCGGGAUGA